AUGCGUGCCACUGCCAUGAGACUGCCUCCAGAGAAGAUUUGGGCUAAUGUGACGAAGAGCCUUGUAAGAGGCGGCGGAGCUUACAUCAGCGGAGUCUUCCGGCAGAGCAACGGGAGCGCCGCACGCUUCCAGAAGUGCAUGGCAGGGGUCGAAGGCGGGGGCCUCCACAUUAAGAACUCUCAGGGCAGCCUCGAUGCUGCGAUGGUGGACGGACAGGUCAUCGUCGAGGACUGCUCGGCAAACGUCGGAGGCGGCAUCUUCUCCAAGUCCGGCAUCCGCAUGGGCCUUGCAGGUUCGUUGCAGCUCAGCAAAUGCACCGCGCUUGUCGACGGAGGAGGGCUCUUCGUCCAGUCUGGUGGCCUCCAGGGGCUGGAGGGCCAGCAGGGAGGUCGCCUCAUCGUCGAGGAUUGCAUCGCAGCCACUGGGCGAGGGGGAGGACUGUGUCUGAGGGCAGGAGAUGUCAAGAUAGCGCACGGUGCUUUCGCCGGAUGCCGGGCCGCUUCUCAAAAGGGGGAUGGAAUCUUUGCGAACGGCACUGUGACGAUGUCCGUCCUUGACUAUCACGGGCUGGACACGAAGGUUGUGGGCAGCUUCAUCAAGACUCAGCAAGAGCAGCCUCUCACGAUCUCCUCGGUCAUCCCUGCAACUGGAAUCGGUGCUGUCCGAAAGCCGGACAACACGACGCUGGCGUUCUACACCUGCCCUCCGGGCUUCGUGCGCCUGGCUGCAGACACAAGCAGUCCCUGCGUGGCGUGCCCUCUGGGUCCCACGAAGGAAUGUUCUUCCAAGCGCCUCGGGCUGGAAGGUGGAUUCAUGGUCGACCUGGCCGACCCGACGAACCUUUCGCGGUGGUACCGGUGCCCGAAUGCCCAAGCCUGUCCAGGCGGCGUUGUGGAAGCUGCGGAGGUUGAGGGCGAGCCCCCUCGGAUUCUGCAGACCAUGUGCCAGGAAGGCUUCAUCGGCUUGGGGUGCGCCCAGUGCAACAGCACCACGCACGCGCGAGCCGACCGGAGUGUUCUGCAGUGCGCUAAGUGCCCGAACUCGCGCCUUGAGGUUUCAUUCCAGGUGCUGUUCUAUGCCGCAACAGACACGUCGCUCUUUGCCUGCGCUGCCUUGAGCGUGCUGAACGCGGGGUCCAAAAAGACCAACAGCGGAGUUUUGCUCAACCAGCUGAUGGCCUUCACCGCCGUCUCGGGCAGCAUCAUGUCCGGCAUGAUGCAGAGCCAGUCUUUCAGGCAGCUGCAAAAUGAGACCAAGACUUGGCUUCAUGGCCUGGGCUUGGCGGUGGACGCCGUGCAGGGCCAGAGCAGCACCAGCGACAUGUCCUUGGAGUGCCUGUUGCACUACUUCGGCUUCGAGCAGUCCCUGUUCAACGCGCACUGUCUGUCAUCGAUCAUGCCUCUGAUCCUGAUCGCGUUGCUGUCUGUGGCCAAGAACCCCUGGCUGGCCAUGGUGGUCGGCACCAACGUGUUCCUUCCGGGCUUUGUCGCUUUUUUCGGCAAGUAUCUCGUCAUGCUCAGGCUGCGGCCAGAGACGGAUUCAGUUGGAGAGGCUCGCUUCGCGUACCUGCCGCAAUUUGGCUUCCUGCCCGCCUUCUUCCCGGCGGACCUCUGCGCCAUCACCGCCAUCCUGAUUGCAAUCUUGGUCUGCAGUGCAGCAGGCGUCAGCGGCUGGCUCUACACAGUGUUUCGGCAUCACGAUUCGCCACCCGCGCAUGUGAAGUACCUGACCAUGGCAUACAAGCCCGAGUUCUCCUACUGGGAGGUAGAACGGCUGGUUCGCAAGACGCUGCUUCUGCUCGCGAAGUUCACACUCCCCAUCAUGGUGUCACCUGCCCUACAGAUGCAGACCAUUGCCAGCAUCUUGAUGCUGUCAGUUGCUCUCUACGUCGUGUGCCGCCCUUAUGAGAUUGGUGCAUGGAACUGGGCCGAAUCCGGUCUGCUGCUCGUGGGCCUGUUCAUGACCAACCUGACCACGUGCUUACUGGCCAACGACUUGCACUGGGCACGCUCCCAGGGAACACAGGUGGCUCUCAUCUUUCUGAUCUGCUCCUUGGCCGGCGGGAUCUCGAUCGGAAUGGCUGUCCUCAUCGCCUUUGCCCUUCUCAGCGAGCGGCAGGAAAGACAGGCUGCAAAGAAGCAGAAGCAGCCCGAGGUUGCCAGCGGCGACCCGGGCGCCCCAGAUUGCCAACCCCGACACCAAGCUGAGGACAAGCAGCUCAAGCCCAGCGAGGACACGAGCUGA